GUCCUGGACUCUGUAGGGAGAGUUUGGACUGACAUGUCGGUGAGUAAAUGAUGACAGAGGAUGUUUCUCAAUUCUAAGAAGGCAGACAAUGGGCUUGCAUUCUCAUGGAGACCGGUCUUGCCAGGCUACCCUCAAAGAUCAACCUCAGAAUGACACGAGGACACACAAAGCAUCUUUGUGAGAAUGGAGAUGUCUUGUUGCUCAUCUGACCAUCCUAGCACAUUUUAAAUAGCAGGACAGUACCACCCAAUGCACAAUAACAUCACAGAUCGAGGCGUCAUCUUAACUAAUUAAAUACUUGCAUUCUUUUUAUUUUACUGCAUGUAUUUGUGUAAAUAGUGCUCUGUCAAUGUUAAGAUUCUUUUUAAUAUGCCACUAAAAAACACUGCAGGCUUUCUUCAGGUCUUUUUCACUAUAAGAUUACUGCAAAAAUAAACGACAUGUUUACUUUCACAAGCAGUCAUGCUUUUGCAUGCAUGAAACAAAGUUUAACAGCUUGCAAGCUUCCAUCUGGAAUUUCUUACAGUUUGCUUCUCUCGUCUGUAUUUGGUGCAUCCUCGAUAUCAAGAACACAUCUGUGUAGUCUGUAUUUGUGUUCUUGAGUGUUGUAAUUGAACUUUGACCUUUGAGGAUGAUGUACUAUAUGAGAACGGCUGGGCCGAUCAGACACACAAUUAUUUGUUAUAUUUAAAAAAUAAUCUUUAAAACCCACUCUGUGAGUUCCGUGAACCAUCCCCUGAAAGUAAUCUAUCACUCUAAGAGGGCUCAGUUACCAGAGCUACCAUCUGAUAAGACUCUUUAUUGCUAAAAAGUAUGUGGAAAGAUGCUAUGUGCAAUGGAACAGACCCUUUGAAAGACAGACUCUUUCCACCUCAUGAAUUCAUAGACAUACCAUUCUAUGAAUAAACAUGCAUAAUCCAGAACUUUGUGUCUACAAUUCACUGAGACAUGUACAAUCAUGUAUCCUAUAUAAUAAUAUGUUCUUUGAUAGUGGUUUUCCUAUAUAGUACACCUUGAAUCAAUGUUUUAUUAUUACUUAAAGAAAAUUUUGUCAUUAAACAAGUGAUUAAUGACAACAAUUUCAUUUUGGAGUGGAGUAUCCCUUUAAAUAAGCAAGAACGCACAUAUGUCUGCUUGGCAUUUGUGAGCUCCAAAUUAUAUUUCCUAUUUGUUUAUUUACAUUACAUUUAUCUUACUCUGUGACACAUUAGUAUUAUAAGAAUCUUGAAGAUUUUUUUCUUCAACAGCCAAUCCUAUUUCAUUUGCAAAACACCCUUAUAGAAGACCAAAAUGUCCCUCCAGAGUUACCAUUCCUCAUUGGCUCAGUCAAAUCCUGAGGAUGUGACAUCUACACACUUUAGAGAUCACUGAUCACAAGAUUAGGUCAGAGUUUAGAUUGUGCUAGAAGUCUUCCAAUGACUCCUAAGUUUGUGCCAGGCUGUGGCCUUGACUUUCCAUUCAGCAAAGAUCCUCUGACUUCAGCUGGUUCUCUUUCAUCCAGAAAAUAUUCAGCCAAGAUCAACUAGAGCCUCAACAAACUGCAUCAGGACACUUUUAUUCAAACAGACAAUACAUGCAACAAAUGGUGAUGAGCCUGCGGGUGUCAGAGCUGCAGGUUCUUCUGGGCUACGCAGGCAGAAACAAACAUGGACGAAAGCACGAGCUCCUGACUAAAGCCUUACACCUCCUUAAAGCCGGCUGCAGCCCUGCCGUCCAGAUGAAGAUCAAGGAGCUCUACAGACGACGCUUUCCCACCAAGCUGGUGUCCCCAACAGAGUUGGCCCUGCCUGGAGUUCACCCCACCGCUGCCUCUUUGCCCCCUGGCCUCACGCAGUUGGGAUUUGAUGGGCACAGAGCGCCCCCAUCCCCUCUGCUCCCCAUCUCGCUUCUCGGGCCCAAACACGAGCUGGGACUGCCCCGCCUCCCCACGAACCUGCACCCCGUACACCCUGAUGUCAAACUUCAACGGCUUCCAUUCUAUGAUGUACUGGAUGAGCUCAUAAAACCUACGAGUCUUGCUUCAGAUAACAGCCAGAGGUUUCAGGAAACAUGUUUUGCAUUUGCAUUGACGCCACAGCAAGUCCAGCAAGUCAGCAGCUCAAUGGACAUAUCGGGGACCAAAUGUGACUUUAUGGUGCAAGUACAGUUACGGUUUUGUCUAUCAGAGACCAGCUGCCCUCAGGAGGACCACUUCCCCCCUAAUCUUUGUGUUAAAGUCAACGGGAAACCGUGUAAUCUCCCAGGAUAUCUGCCUCCUACCAAAAAUGGUGUGGAACCAAAGAGGCCCAGCAGACCCAUCAACAUUACCUCAUUGGUCAAACUGUCCACAACUGUCCCUAACACCAUCGUAGUGUCCUGGACCUCAGAAAUUGGACGGAGUUAUUCUAUGGCGGUGUACCUGGUCAAACAGCUGUCAUCUACAAUGCUAUUGCAGAGGCUGCGGGCUAAAGGCAUCAGAAACCCAGAUCACUCCAGAGCACUCAUAAAGGAAAAGUUAACAGCAGACCCUGACAGUGAAAUAGCAACCACCAGCCUAAGAGUUUCAUUAUUGUGUCCGCUGGGGAAGAUGCGGCUAAUGAUUCCGUGUCGGGCGUUGACGUGUUCACACCUGCAGUGUUUUGAUGCUACGCUCUACAUCCAGAUGAAUGAAAAGAAGCCCACAUGGGUGUGUCCUGUAUGUGACAAAAAAGCACCCUAUGAACAUCUCAUCAUUGACGGGUUGUUUAUGGAGAUUCUGAACAGCUGUUUAGAUUGUGAUGAAAUCCAGUUCAAAGAAGAUGGUAGCUGGGCCCCCAUGAGGUCGAAAAAGGAAGUGCAAGAGGUGUCAGCUUCAUACAAUGGCAUUGGUGGUGGAUGUCGUACGACGGUGUUGGAACAGAACUCUCAAACAAAUGGCAACAGUGGAGGAAACGGCAAAAAAGUGGAAGUGAUUGAUUUGACUCUUGACAGCUCGUCUGAAGAAGAGGAAGAUGAAGAACCCCCUCAGAAGAAAAGCUGCCCCUCGCUAUCUAGCAUCUCUCCUCAGAUGGAUAAUGGGGUACUACAUCUCCACAGACAAGCAUCUCCUGUGAGUCGAACACCCAGCAUGCCUCAGGUGGACACCAGUUACAUUCCCCCACCUCCUCCCCUCAUUCAGGACUACCGCCACUACUACUCUACACCCACUGACCUGUCAGAUCUCAGCUUCUUUCCUUAUUUACAAGGAGAGAAUCAUCAGCACUACAACAUGGUGAUGGCAGCAGCUGCAUCAGCAUCUGAAGAUCACGACCUCCUCCUGAGUCGCUUUCUCCCAUACGGCUCGUCUCAGCUCUUCCUGGACCCUCCCUCUACCCCCGUAAGCAACAGCCUCCCUCCCAUUAACAUCAACGGCAGCAGCACCGGCAGCAGUCUGGUGUCAUCCAGCAGCCUACGGGAAAGUCUGGGACAUCCAAACGCCCCCCGCCCCGCUUCUGAAUCAGCCCCCACGUCUGCCAUCUAUGGUCCCGUUCCAGACGUCAUCUCAUUAGACUGACCCGGGGCCGAACCCUUACACAGGAAACUGACUGAAGAGACUUUCAAACAUUGGGAAGAAAAGGGGACAUACAAGAUGACUGAAGGGUGUUUUUGUAAACGAUGAUAAUCGUUGCCGUGUACAGAGAAUAAAUAUAUUUUUUGUUUUACUUUUGUAUAUACACCUAUCUAAUGUAUAUGUAAACUUGAACGUUUUUUUUCCCCCGGCUUGCUAAAAUUACUUUGGGUUUUAUCUCACUUUUUAUAUCCUUUACCCAUAAAAAACUGUAGUAAUCUGUAUUUUCCAUAGGGCACAAUGGCUGCGUUCAGACUGUCAGUGGGACCCUUGGUUCUUUUCUCUUCCUACCAAAACCUCUUCCUACCUUUUUAUUUGUCUUUGUCAGUCCAUACCAUAUCCCCUAAACAUGCAGGAUUAUUUUAUAUAAUGCUUUUAAGGGAUAGUUCAGCCAAAAAUGAACAUUCUGUCAUCAUUUACAUACCCUCAUAUCGCUCCAAACCUGUAUGAGUUUCUUUCCCUUGUGGAAUACAAAAAUAUAUUUUCUUUCCUCUUUGUGUUGCACAGAUCAAAUUUGGCACACGAGAGUAAAUGACGACUAAAUCUUUAUUUUUUGAUGAACGCUCCCUUUUAUUUUUAAUGGGCUGUUAAGAAGCAUUCCUUCACAUUCAGGUUAACAACUGGAAGUAAUCGCAUUGUUACAGACUGCCAAUAUCUGACCUCAUGAUUCUUAAGGGAAAUGUAAUUCAUGACUGUUUUUAAAAAUUAAUUCUCUAACAAUUCUGCAUCCAUUUUUCUUCUUGCUCAAUGCCAAAAGAACACUGUUUAGUGUUGAAGUUUCGAGAGUGAGAGCUUGCGAGUUCAGUGAACUUAAAUGUACACCUUGUAUGGAAAGUAAGGAUUUACUCUCUUUUAUUUCCUCCUCCUUUCCAUCCCUCUCUUCUCGAAUUGUUCAGAAGGAAUGAUUUGUUGGGAGGUUUGACAGUGGUGUAGAUGAUGAGGUUACGAUGUCCUUGGUGUUGGCAUGUAAUUGCUCAUAGAUGUUGGAUGACUUUGGUUGUCUCUUAGGUCGUCUGUGUUUGGUACUGUGCAGGAAACCUAAAGCCACUCAUCAUUUCUUCUGUUUUGUCAUGUGUGCCUUGUGUGAGUGUGUUUUCGUGUGAAAGCCUGGACCUGUUGUUUCUUGUACUUCAGUUAGCCUGUAUUAAGCUGCUCUUCACGCUGACUAUCAGUUACAGAAACACAAGCCUAUUGAGUUAACAUUUGGACGUUCUUUCAAGUGCUGCUUGGGAUUAACAUAGGAUAUUCAUUGCAAAGGUUUUUUGGUAGCACUUUAUUUUACAGUCCUGUUCCUUAUGUACAUACUAUGUACUUAUUAUAGUAAUUACAAUAACUAUGUAAUAACUAGGUACUAACCCUGAACCUACCCCUAAACCUAACCCUACCCCAUGUAGUUACCUUGUGUUCCCAGAACUUUCAUAGAUAAAUACACUGUAAGUACACUAUAAGUACAUGUUAGUACACGUACUGUAAAAUAAAGUGCAACCGGUUUUUUUGCUAAACUAAAUUGAAGAAAAUUAGAACAGAAGAUUGGGGAAAAAAAUAGUGUUCAAAAAGAAAAUACAACAUGUUGGAAAUGGAAAUGUGUGUGUGUGUGUGUGUGUGUUUGCUUGUGUGGCUCUCAGUGUGUUGACCAGAUCUUUCAAAGCCUAAUUGGGUUUGGGACUGGGGUAAUUGCGUGUGACCGGAUCUAGCUAUCUCGUUUUGUGUUGUUUGAUAGACUGAUGAGUCUCACUCUGUUUCCUUUGACCUCUAAACCUCCUUUUAACCUACAUUUCUUCUGAGAGUAUUAGAUGUUUAUCAGUUGAUUUGUUUCUUGGCUCUAGAUUGGUUUGAAAUGUAACCGCUUAAGUAGUUAAUGAGAUCAAAGUAAUGGAGACAAAAAUACAUAUGCUGUUAUGGCAAAAUCCUUAAUACCAAAUUGAGUACUUGUUAGAUCUCUAGCAGUGUUAAUGAUAGACUCUUUAUUUUAACAAGUCAAUGUGUCUGUCUCAUGCUUUAUGUAUUUGUUACCUGGGAUAUACAAGCAAGGUUCAAUGACAAACACAAUACAAGUUUUCAUUCAUUUGUUGAUUUUUUUGCUCCAUGAUUGAUAAAGGGAUAAGUUGUGUAAGUUUGAAUGUGUGUAUGAAAGCGUGUGCAUGUUUUUGUUCUUGAUGUAAGGCAAACAUUGUGCAGACUUGGAUGUCCCAGUGAUGUGCAUUCAUGUGUUAAAGCUGGAUCCGCAAUGUCACAAAAAACUAAUUUAUAUAUUUUAGAUGCAGAACUGUUUUAUGAGUGGACUUGGUGUCAAAGUCCAAGUUUAUUUUAUUUUGCCAUUUCAGUAAGCUGACAUCUCUGCUCACUGCCUUAAAUUUCAUCCACUCUGCGUCUCUGUGGCAUGUUUUAUGGAGAAAAAAAGGAUUUUUAAGACAUGGAAGACAUAUUGUAUAGUAGACCAAUGUCAGUUUGUAUAAAAUACUAAGUGGAAAAAAAUAUUUAUUACAUGCAUUGAAAGAAAUUGUUUACCUAUUGAAUGUUACAUGUUUAUGUAGAGACAUUUAGAUGUAAUAAAAUGCAUUGAGUUAACUUUG